CGGGCCAUCCCCGCCACUCGCCGGGUGGUCCUCGGCGACGGCGUGCAGCUCCCGCCCGGGGACUACAGCACCACCCCCGGCGGCACCCUCUUCAGCACCACCCCAGGAGGUACCAGGAUCAUCUACGACCGCAAGUUCCUGAUGGAGUGUCGGAACUCACCUGUGGCCAAAACACCCCCAAGGGACCUGCCCAGCAUCCCGGGGGUCACCAGCCCUGCCAGUGACGAGCCCCCCGUGGAAGCCAGCCAGAGCCACUUGCGUAACAGCCCAGAAGAUAAGCGGGCAGGCGGUGAAGAGUCUCAGUUUGAGAUGGACAUUUAGGGGACCAGCCAUCGGACUGAGCUGUGCUUGGGCCCCUCCGGCCUUUUUGGGAGAAGGGCCUCUCCAGCCAGAUGUCGAGUGGGCCGGCUCCAGCCUCUGCUCCCUCACUCAGGGCCCUCUCCCCUUCCCCCUGGAACACAGCACCUACUCCUGUGCCUGGGCCGGCUGCCACCCCCAGUGCAGCAGCGAGUGGACUGGGGGGCCCUUCUUCCCACCCCUGCUGUGGGAGCACAGCCACCCCUCUCACCGCGGAUGUGCCUGGGAAAGCUCCCACCCCUUCCUUCCCGGAGAGGAAUAAAAGCCACCUACACCCUC